CCUUUCUGUUCAUGAAUGUCCGAUGAGAUUACCUUAUUAUUUUCUUUGAAACUUUUUCCUAGCCUGCAUCUUUUCUUUUCAUCAUCGAUACUCUUGUGUGUCUUGUUAGUAUUUCAAGUGAUCCUGGUGUAUACUGGACCUUGUUUUCUAGCCCAAGUAUGGCUUUGUUACUGAUAACACUUUCUAUUUCCUUGGUUGCAUAUGUAUUAUACCUCAAAAACAAGGCCGCCAGUAGAAAACAGUUUCCGCCUGGCGCAAAGCGAUUGCCAGGACCAAAGGGCUUACCUCUUAUCGGUCGCAUCCAUGAUGUGCCACCUGAAAAGACGUGGCUCAAAUUCUACGAGUGGAGCAAAGAGUAUGGUCCGAUCUAUCAACAAGAAAUGUUCGGGUCUGUCCAUAUCUGGAUAUCAUCGGAAGAAAUUGCACACGAGCUACUUUCUAGGAGAGCAGCGGUCUAUUCGGAUCGUCCUAUGAUUCCAAACCUUCCAAACAACCGUUAUGCAGGAGAGUAUCUUGCUCUCCAUGGUCGCAAUGAAACAUGGAAGCGCCAAAGAAGGCUUGCCCAACAGCUGAUGACCACUUCUGCGAACGCAUCAUUACACAAUUACCCCACCAAGGAGCGAGAUCGAUUCCUGUACCUGUUAUCGCAAGAUCCUUCGCAGUAUCGCGAAUAUAUCGAGCAAUUCACUGCACGCACCGUAUCUCGUCUCUCAUGGGGCAACACACAUCCCGCAGACGUUUUGCGGAAGACUACCCUUGGCUUACUGGAGACGAUCUCACCGUCGGGAGCAAUCCCUAAUAUUGUCUCAUGGUUGAUGCACGUUCCCUAUUUUAUGUCGCCAUGGAAGCGAAAGGAAUUCGCUCGCCACGAGGAAGAAGCGAUAGCUUGGAAGAACAAUAUGCAGUAUGUAUAUGAUCGCCUCAACGACGGUACAGCUCAGCCCAGUUUCGUGAACACGUUCCUCAGCAAACUCACCAAACAGGCCGACGGUGCAAACUGGGGCACUGAGCACGAGGCCAUGUAUGUCGUUGGCCAGAUGGCCAUCGCCGGCGCUCUCACCAUCGGAUCUCCAAUUCAGAGCUUUCUCCUAGCUAUGCUCCACUACCCAGAAUGGCAAGAAAAGUUACAAGCUGAGAUCGAUGUGGUCUGUCAUGGAAACUGCCCUGCUUGGGAAGACUGCGAGAAGAUGCCAUUAUUAAGAGCUGUUGUUAAGGAAGUUAUCCGCUGGCGUCCUCCCGUCCCGACAGGUAUCCCUCAUGCGACCGAGGCUGACGAUGUUUGGAAUGGAUACUUCAUCCCUAAAGGCGCAACAAUCCAUGCUCUAGAAUGGGGAAUCACACGCGACGAAGCCAUAUAUCCUGACGCAGAAGCAUUCAAUCCCGCGCGUUGGCUCAAGCCAGAGUAUCCUACGUAUAAGGAGCCCCUGUCACAGCACCCGCACCUGAGCGGCUUCUCCCAGUUCGGAUUUGGGCGCCGCACCUGCCAGGGUGUGCCGAUCGUGGAACAGAACUUGUUUCUUGCUAUGGGUGGCAUGGCAUGGGCGUUUGAUAUACGCAAGAAGAGACGUGAAGAUGGAUCCGAGGUCGAUGUUCACUGGGAUGACUUCACGCCGCUGCUUAUUGCGAAGCCUGCGCCGUUCAAAUUUGAUGCCACGCCCAGAUCGGACGCUGUCAUGACCAAACUUUUGGAAAUGUGGGAUAGUGGAAAGGGCGAGGACGACAUCGAGGUAGAGAAACAACAAGCCACGACCAGGAAGAUGGCUGAUGAUCUUGCUCGAGAGGGUUCGAGCAGAGAAAAGGACGAAGAUGCAACCUCCAUGGGUGGAAGUGACACCUCUGGACCUAGUGAUGACGAAAGUGAAAGCAGUGGUUACAACAGUCUCGAGAAUAGCUGCAGCAGCACUGGGGAGCUGCAUAUCUGGGCAUAACUCUCGGU